CCUAAUCUCUUCUAUCAGUUCGGAUCCUUUUUCCAAUGUACGGAUCCGAUCAUAACAAAGAAGAUUCGGAGCGAACGGCUUUCAGAAGAGCGGAGAAGAAGUACAAGCUCUACUAUGACAACAAUUCUUCUUCCAAGAACAAAAAGAAAAAACUACCCAAACCCGUGGACUUAACCGAGGUCCUUGACUUCAGUUCUAUUCUUCAGUGCCAUUAUCGCAACAAUGAGCUUCCUCCAGGUGUUACGGUUCUUCACGACAAGAUCAUCUCUCCAGUGUUCUCUUUGCAAAAUCGCCCAGGCUUUUAUUUUAUUCCUGGAGCAUUAAGCAUAGAGAAACAAUGUAGUUUGAUAAGGGAGAGCUUGAUUGAUUUUCCGCAGCCACCUAACAGAACAAAUCACAAUGUCAUAUAUGGUCCUAUACACAACUUAUUUGUAGCAGCUAAGGAUGGGAAAGUUUUGGUUGAAGAGAACUAUCCGGUUACUUCAUCUGAACCUGGUACUGAUAUCGGUUAUAUAGAUGGUAAGGAAUGGAAGUUUAUUACAGAAAAGGAAGAGCCAUUGAGAAGGAAGUGCAGGUCCAUUUCUGCUUCUGCUUUGGUGCGGAAGUUGCGAUGGAGCACCCUUGGCCUACAAUUUGAUUGGUCCAAGCGGAACUAUGAUGUUUCUCUCCCACAUAACAAAAUCCCUGAAGCACUCUGUGAGCUCGCCAAACAAUUAUCACAACCUGCAUUGCCUGCUGGUGUUGAAUUCAAGCCUGAAGCUGCAAUAGUGAAUUACUUUGGCUUGGGGGACACACUGGGUGGCCACCUUGAUGACAUGGAAGCAGAUUGGAGCAAGCCCAUAGUUAGUUUAAGUUUGGGCUGCAAAGCUAUAUUUCUUUUGGGAGGAAAAUCUAAAGAGGAUCCUCCUCUGGCUAUGUUUCUUCGAAGUGGUGAUGUUGUACUCAUGGCUGGAGAAGCAAGGGAAUGCUUUCAUGGUGUUCCUAGGAUCUUCAUAGAUAAGGAAAAUGCUGAAAUAGGCCAUCUUGAGGCACAGCUGACGCAUGAAGAUGAUCUUUGUUUCUUAAAAUACAUUCAAACUUCAAGAAUCAACAUCAAUAUCAGACAAGUUUUUUGAGUAGUAUAUUGUUUUCUUACAAAGUAAAAUAUUGUUUACUUAGCUCAUGUAAAAAGAAAGGAUAAAUCAUUUCUAUUUAAUGUGACUAUGGCCUCAUUUUUAUUUUAUGUGAAAGUGAGUCAUGGCCAGCAAACCUUCUCAUUUCAUGGAAUACUUUGCCUUCAGUUAUUUCUUUACAUAUUUUAUGGCGAAGGAC